UCUUUCUUUCUCUGUCUCUCUUCUACUCAUCUUCUCACAUGCGUAGAGUAAAAAAAAAAAAAGAAGAAGAUUGUGUGAAUAAACAAAUAAAAUAUCUUUUAUGUUCUCAGCUAAAGUGAAAUAUAAUAUGAAAAGAGUUAUAUCAAAUAUUAUUAAAUUGUGUAGUUAAGAAAUGCGUAUGUUUUACAUUCUAAAACCGCAUUACUGUGAUAAGAUGUCUUUAAUUAAUCAUUCGAUGCUUUCCUGUAAACUUUCAAAUAAUAAGUAUGUUCGUUCGUGAAAUAAAGAUAAUUCAUUCAAAUUCAAUGUUAGUCUAUUAAUGUGAUGUUUAAAAAAAAAAGAAAAAAAGAAAGAAAGAUAAAAAAUGAAACUUAAUUUGAUAUAUAUCUACAUAUAUGAUUAGUUCAUCAUUUUUAUAUUUAAAUACUUAGAAAUAACAGUGUGAUAUUAUUAUUCGUGAAUAUUUUGAAGACUAUAAUCUAUAAGUUGGAAUAAUUUUAUAGAUUAAAAGGAAAGGUUUAAAAAUGGUAAGCAAAUUAUCACACGAAUUCAGAAGAUACCAACGUAAUCGUAAUCAAUUAAGGCACAUUUUAGAAGAGACUCAACAUGUGCUUGAAGCCAUUAAUUUAGAAAAUUUUUUCCCUGGAGAAAAUAUCAUUGAACAAUUAUUAUCGCCAUUAACUUUAAACAGAAUUGUACAUAUUUUGGAAAAUUCUCCAGCUAUAGUUGUAUUCGGUCAAGACAAUAAAUCUAAAGCAGCUUUAAUAAAUAAUUUAUUUUCUACUGAAGUAUUACCAGCGUCUAAUGGUUUAUGGAGGUGGAUCAAAUUUAGUCAUGGUCAUACGAAUCAUGCCAAUCUUACGUUGGGUCUUGAAUAUGAAGUUGUGGUAAAAUUGCAAGCGAAUGAAAAACCAUGGAGCACAAUUCCAAUAGAAGAUUUGACUAAAUCCGGAAAUGAAGAUAUUGUUUGUCCAACAGUGCUUGAAGUCAAACUCGAUUCAAAUAUAUUAAAAGAUGGUGUUCAAAUUUUUGUAGUCCCAAAUAAUGGAGCAGUUAAAAUUCUUGCAAAGGGAACCCUUGGAAUUUUACCAAUAUUUCUUUAUGCCUUGGGCGAUCAACCUUUAUCGGAACAACAGCUAGAAGAAUUAAGAGAUCUGAAAGAAACAUAUCCUUAUAAUCCUGUAUUAUUUAUAUCGUCGCUUGUAAAUAUUUCAUUAGAUAGCAUUAAUGCAGGAUUGACAGAAUCGGAACAACAUAGACUUCAAAGUACAAUAUCUCCAUGUGAUUCUAAUCUAUCUAAAGAUAAAGAUGAUGUUGACUUUGAUAAAAUAAAUUCUCUUGGAUUAACAUGGCUAGAUCAAUUAACUAAUUUAGGAUAUCUUGGAAUGGAAGAAUCUGUUGAAGUUGAUCAAUUAACAUGGUUAGUUGGUGGUCAAUAUGUUAGCUCUAGCAAUAUUAUAAACUCAUCCAAGAAAAUGGAUAGAAUUUUAUAUUUUAUUAAAGGUUGUCUUCAAAGUUAUCUUGUUAAUGCAAGUAAUUAUUUAAAUGAAGUACAUACAACCAGUUUACGUAAAUUUAUCUUAAGUGCUUUUGAUAUGGCACGUCAAAUUCAGAUUACUCCAAGGAGAAUACAAUAUGCUCAACAAAAAGAAAAUGAAUUGUAUGCUAAUCUGAUGAAAAUUGUUAACGAUAAACAAGAAGAAUUAAUGGAAUUAAUAGAAAAUAUCAUUCAAGAAAUGAAAAAUGAUAUAUAUUUAUCAAAUGGAGAUUCACAACAAUAUCAAAACUUUCCUUUUGAUAAUAAUGAAAGAGCAGAAUGGUCAGUGACAGUACAAGCAGCCACCUCAGAAGUGCAAAGAUUUGUACUUGGACGUUUGCGUGAAAAAGUAGCAAAGCAAUUGGUAAACUCUGUGAAAUGUUUAAGAGAAACAUUUAUAGGCACUUUACAACGGUGCUUAUUGAGUUUAGAAAGAAGUUAUGAUCAUGAAUCUUCUUUACUAGCUAGUGACGCUUUGAAACAAAUACUUUCUGCAGCUUAUAAUGUAGAACUUCAUAAUUCUUCGCCGUCUCUUGUGCAUUCUUUUCUAGAAAGAUUACGGCAACUUUUUAAAUCUCUUCCUUUGCCAUGGACUCCUACUCCAACCUUGGAUGAAUCUUGGAGGAAAAAGGUUACUAUUGACGUUUUAAAUUCAUUAUCUGCAGCAAGAUUAUCAAAAACAAUUUCAAUGCAAUUCAGAGAUAAAUUAAAAUUGUCUCAUGAUGCAUUUCAAUCGGCCCUAAAGUCCCUUGAAAAUCAUUAUUCUGGAAAGUUAGAAAGAACUGAGGAACAAAGGAUAGCCAUUAGAAAGUGUCAUGCACCAAGAUUAGCUAGAUUAGCCUUAGAAUCCACAUCAAUGACUGAUGCUGUUCGUUUCGGUAUACCGCAUUAUGGUAAAGAAAUUGGUCGUGGUCAAUAUGGUGUAGUGUUUGCAUGCGAUGGUUGGGGAGGAGCUCCAGGACCUUGUGCAGUUAAAUCUGUUAUUCCACCUGAUGAAAGACAUUGGAACGAUUUAGCAAUGGAAUUUUAUUAUACCAGAUCAAUACCAGAUCAUAAAAGAAUUGUGAAAUUAAGAGGUUCAGUUAUAGAUCAAACUUAUGGAAGUGGAUAUGGAUUAGGAACUGCAGUUCUAUUAAUUACAGACCGUUUAAGUAGAGAUCUGUAUUGUGGAAUACGAGCUGGAUUGUCAUGGUUAGAACGUUUGCAAAUUGCAAUUGAUGUCUUAGAAGGGAUACGUUAUCUUCAUUCUCAAGGACUUGUUCAUAGAGACAUUAAAUUGAAUAAUGUCCUCCUUGAUACUGAAAAUAGAGCAAAACUGACUGACCUUGGAUUUUGUAUCACCGAAGCUAUGAUGUCAGGAAGUAUUGUAGGAACACCUGUUCAUAUGGCUCCAGAACUUCUAUCUGGACAUUAUGAUAGUAGCGUCGAUGUAUAUGCUUUUGGCAUUCUUUUCUGGCACAUAUGUGCUGGACAUGUCAGAGUGCCAUAUACCUAUGAACAGUUUCAUAAUAAAGAACAAUUAUGGACAAGCGUAAAGAAAGGCAUUAGACCAGAACGUCUGCCACAUUUUGAUGAUGAGUGUUGGAAAUUAAUGGAACAAUGUUGGGCUGGAGAACCUUCUAAACGGCCACUACUUGGAGCAAUUCUUCCAGUGCUUGAAUCUAUUCAACAAAGAGCAGAAAGAGGCAAGUCCUUACAACAACUCAGCGAAUUCAAGCUACAAGAAAAUUCCACAUCCGAAUCAGAAAAUCCUGCACUGGCACUAGCAGAACCUUAUAAUCAAAGGGGCGCCAUUGUUAGUCCUCCUACUGUUAAACAUAAAUUAUGCAGAAUCCAAGAGGUUGUAUCAACGCAAUGGAAUUUAAAAAGUUAAAACUGUUAAUACACUGAAAAGAAGAUACUAGUUUAUCAUAAAAUCAAAUAAAAUAUUAAAGUUAUACUUCAAUAGUAUGAUUCUUAAUAGUUUUAUAAAAUGUUGAAAUAAAUGAAGAAAUCUGAAGAUCAUGCAAAAAUUUAUAAAAUUCAGGGAUACUCAUCUCGAUGAAGUGAUCUUUUAUUCUGUUACCUUCAUCGAGACAUAAUUUUAGCUGCAGAAAAGAUUUGCCAACUUUGUCCGAAUCACUAUUUGCUGCGGUUACUG